GCAAUUCGUGACUUGUUGUUUGAGUGAAUUUGUUUGUGACGCGGGACUCCUUAGUUUCAGUUUCCCAGUUGAGAGUUGCCAUGUCAUCUUUCCGGGCAGCCAAGUUAUCCUUAGGGCAGUUGCCAAGACUAAAUUCAUGUGUGUUCAAGCAACAUGUCUCCAGGUUAAUAUCUACCUCAUCACUUCGAAAGGCUGGGACCCCAGAAUUCUCUAGUAUUUUGGAGGAACGCAUUUUGGGACAAAGCUUACAGACAAACUUAGAAGAAACGGGUCGUGUGUUAAGCAUUGGUGAUGGAAUUGCUCGUGUUUAUGGUCUAAAAAAUAUACAAGCAGAAGAAAUGGUAGAGUUUUCAUCUGGACUUAAGGGCAUGGCUCUCAACUUGGAGCGUGAUAACGUAGGUGUUGUCGUCUUUGGGAAUGACAAACUUAUCCGUGAAGGAGAUAUCGUCAAACGAGCAGGAGCCAUUGUUGAUGUACCUGUCGGGGAGGAAUUACUUGGUCGGGUAGUUGAUGCUUUGGGCACACCAAUUGAUGGGGCCGGCGCAAUCAACACAAAGGCAAGGCAGCGUGUUGGAGUGAAAGCUCCUGGUAUUAUACCUCGCAUUUCUGUCCGCGAACCCAUGCAAACCGGAAUCAAGGCUGUCGACAGCCUUGUUCCUAUUGGUCGCGGUCAACGUGAACUUAUUAUUGGAGAUCGUCAGACAGGUAAAACAGCUAUUGCAGUGGACACUAUUAUCAAUCAGAAACGCUUUAAUGAUGAAAAAGAUGAGAAGAAAAAGCUGUACUGUAUUUAUGUUGCCAUCGGUCAAAAACGUUCAACAGUUGCACAGCUAGUUAAACGACUUACAGAUGCAGAUGCUAUGAAGUAUACAAUAAUUGUAUCUGCAACAGCUUCUGAUGCAGCUCCUCUCCAGUAUCUGGCUCCAUAUGCGGGAUGUGCAAUGGGUGAAUAUUUCCGGGACAAUGGAAAGCACGCUUUGAUCAUAUAUGAUGACUUGUCUAAGCAGGCAGUUGCGUAUCGACAAAUGUCACUAUUAUUGCGGAGACCUCCAGGAAGAGAAGCUUAUCCUGGUGAUGUAUUUUAUUUGCAUUCUCGUUUACUCGAGAGGGCUGCUAAAAUGAAUGAUUCCUAUGGAGGAGGUUCGCUAACAGCUCUUCCCGUUAUUGAAACUCAGGCUGGUGAUGUCUCUGCAUAUAUUCCCACCAAUGUCAUUUCUAUCACUGAUGGGCAGAUAUUCUUGGAGACUGAACUGUUCCACAAAAGUAUACGACCUGCUAUAAAUGUUGGCCUUUCUGUUAGUCGUGUUGGAUCCGCAGCGCAAACUAAGGCAAUGAAACAGGUUGCUGGUCGCAUGAAACUAGAGCUCGCUCAGUAUCGAGAAGUAGCUGCUUUCGCCCAGUUUGGUUCUGAUUUGGAUGCAUCGACUCAAUCAUUGUUGAAUCGAGGUGUACGGUUAACAGAACUUUUGAAACAAAAUCAGUAUGGUAUGUUGGUCUUGAGCUAAUCACUAAUUUUAUUUAGCUCCCAUGGCAAUUGAACAGCAAGUUGUCGUAAUAUAUGCUGGUGUUCGAGGACAUUUGGAUAAAUUGGAUCCAUCGAAAAUUGUUCACUUCGAACAAGAUUUCCUUAAGUUUGUCUUGGCAAACCACCAAGAUUUGCUAAGGACUAUUCGUGAAGUUGGAGAAUUAAGUCCAGAAACUGAUGAAAAACUAAAGAAGAUUGUUGUUGAUUUCAUAGCUGGUUACCAAGUAUCUGCAUAGGAGAUCAGAUGAUAUAUGCAACUAUAGUAGUACUUUUACACAAAAAUGAUAAGUUACAUCAUGUUAUCUACAUGUUUUCGUCAGCACUUUUUACUUAGUCUUAUGAACAAUAAAAAUGUACUUCAAAGCUGCGUAUGUUUAGCUGGAAAGAGAAACUGAAAAACCAUAGGACCACGCAAAGAAUCAGUGUCAUAAUAAAUAUGUAGGUAGGCAUAAAUCAAUGGAAAAUAGAAUUUUGGAGGGAAGUAGGGGUUUUAUUGACUUCAAGUUGGUAAACUGACUAGUGCUACCUACUGCGAGACAACUGUCCGGUACCCCGGGUUUUCAAUGGUUCCCCAACUGAUUUCAGUCCAUGAUAAAUAGCUUGCAACCAAUAGGAAAUAAUUUGCCAAAGGGUUAAAUGUAUACUGGCUUUAUCAUUACUUAUGCCUAUUCGUUACUGGUAUCUGAUAUCUCGGAUAUCAAAAAAGUGUAAAUCUUCAUAGAUAUCUCCCAAUUUGGUGGUUGCUUAGCUUUUAUGUCACAAACACCAGAUAGUUUCAAUUUAGCAUUCUACACGGUCUUGUAUUACAGAGUCAUUUGAAUAAGUCAGUAACCGAAAUCCUGCAUUUUACUCUUCAUUAGACUUGGUAAUUUCACGUGCAUGACAGUUGUGAUAAUCUAUACGAAUGCAGAUGAGCCUCUGUUCAUAGACUUGGUAUGUACUAGGCUUGAGGUACUUAUAUUUAAGACUUAUGUAGGAACAUCAUUUUUCUGGGUGGAGACCAUACCCACUUGCAAUUUUCUGAGCAUUUGUUUUCUAAAGUCGAACUUCAUCGGUAUUCCAAUCAUUAUUUCCAGAAUAAUCUUAAUAGAGACAAAACUGCUUAGAGGUGCUCACACUGGCAAACAUCCACAUCUUGUCAUAUUUUGAGCCGUUAUAGAAUUUUGAAUGCACAGAUGUACGAUAG